AUGGAGCUGAAACCUUUAUUGAAGAAGCUGCUCUCGGUGCUCCGAGCCAUUUUCACCUUCCUCUUUGCUCUGCUGGUGCUGGGUGUCAUGGUGUGGGCCUACGUCGCCGGUUUCCAGCUGGUGACGUCGGCGUUCGGAAUCAUCUCCUUCGGUUUUUACGGACUCCUCCUCUCGCUCCACCUGCUGGUCCAGAGCCUCUUCGCCUUCAUCGAGCACCGGCGGAUGAAAGCCCGCACUGAGCAAUGCACCUUCACCAAGACCAUCGGCAUGACGAUAUCGGCCUACCAGGAGGACCCCACAUAUCUCAGGGAGUGCCUCAACUCCGUCAAGGCCCUCCGUUAUCCCCCCGAGCUGCUGCGCAUCAUCAUGGUGGUGGACGGGAACACGGACGACGACCGCUACAUGAUGGACAUGUUCAAUGAGGUGUUUGCCGAUCAGCAUCCUGCCUGUUAUGUGUGGGCGGACAACUACCACUCAUGGAGCCCAACCGAGGCCCAGCAGGGUGCUGAUUAUGUGACAGUAGAGGACCAGCAACGAAGACAGGUAGAGGAGCUGAUCCAGAACAAUAGGUGUGUGUGCAUCAUGCAGAAGUGGGGCGGCAAGCGGGAAGUGAUGUACACCGCAUUUAAAGCGCUCGGCUUGUCAGUUGACUAUAUCCAGGUGUGCGAUUCAGACACGAAGUUGGACCCUUUGGCCACUGUGGAGCUGUGUAAGGUGUUGGAGAGUAACCCCAAGUAUGGCGCCGUGGGAGGAGAUGUGAUGAUCCUCAACCUCAAGGACUCUUACAUCAGUUUCAUGAGCAGCCUCAGGUACUGGAUGGCUUUUAACAUCGAGAGAGCCUGCCAGUCCUUCUUCAACUGUGUGUCCUGCAUAAGCGGCCCUCUGGGUCUGUACAGGAACGAUGUCCUUCAGCAGUUUCUGGAGUCUUGGUACAAUCAGAAGUUUUUGGGAACCCACUGCACGUUCGGUGACGACAGGCACCUCACCAACCGUAUGCUGAGCAUGGGCUACGCCACAAAGUACACAGCUCGCUCCAAAUGCUACACGGAAACGCCCGCUCAGUUCCUUCGCUGGCUCAACCAGCAGACGCGCUGGACCAAGUCUUACUUCCGCGAAUGGCUCUACAAUGCGAUGUGGUGGCACAAGCACCACCUGUGGAUGACCUACGAGUCCAUCGUCUCAGGCAUCUUCCCCUUCUUCGUCACCGCCACCAUCAUCCAGCUCUUUUGGACGGGCACGCUGUGGGACAUCCUCUGGAUCCUGUGCUGCAUCCAGAUCAUCGGGCUCUGUAAAUCGUUUUACGCCUGCUGCCUACGGAGAAACAUGGUGAUGGUGUUCAUGUCACUCUACUCGGUUCUGUACAUGACCAGCUUGCUGCCUGCCAAGUACUUUGCAAUCCUCACAAUGACCAAAAGCAGCUGGGGAACGUCAGGCCGGCGUAAGAUCGUAGGAAACUACAUGCCCCUCCUGCCCCUGUCGGUGUGGGCGGCCAUUUUAUUAGGUGGCCUUGCCUACACAAUCUAUAAGGAGAGUCAACGGGACUGGUCAACCGAGGAGAAGAAACUGGAGACUAAGUUUCUCAUCUAUGGUUGCGUGGCCUAUGUGUGCUACUGGAUAUUUAUGAUUCUUCUCUACUGGAUCUGGUUCCGCAAAUUACUCAGGAGACGCUCCCAAAGUUAUUCACUGAGUGUGUAGGUCUGAAGAGGGAAGAUAAUUUAUUUGGACUCAACCAUUUAUUUUUAUUCUGUUGAUUAUUUUUAUUUAUUGUUUUUCACAUUACUGAGGCGUUUCAUACAGCUGCUAAACAAAGAACAAUCAAAAACAACAAGGGAACUGGUGAUGUUUUUUAAGUGGAUAGCAUCCAUUUUACCAGAACCUGUUUUUUAAAAAAAAUGCUAAAAUUCAUACUAAUAUAUAAGAACAAAUGUUUUAUUCGUAGGGAGAUGUUGUUGCACAUUUAAAUGAAACUGUACUAAGGGCUGUUUGGGCCCAUGCACUUCUCAGGUUGCUGUAGUUUAUCAAAUGAUAAUGACGGAGAUCCAUCAGAUAUUUAUUCAUGAUAUCCAAAGAUGGGGAAUUAUAUUAAGAAACAAUUUUGUAUUAAAUUGUGUGGGGUCAAGAAUCUGUUCAGUUCUUUUAGAUACACAAACAGGAAUGUGAGUGUUUUAAAUAUGAACACAUAUGUCCAUAGAUUACUUUAACAACAAUGCCAACUUAUGGGAUGCACUGUGUCAGUUUCAUCAGCGUUACUUCACCGUCGUUGUUGUUGUUAUUGCACUGGAUCCUGCGCAGCACUUUCUGCAGCACUGCGGACUUACUUGAAAACAUAGAAAAUUGUAGUUUUAGGUCGUAACAGUGGUAAACACGAGCAAACAGGAGAGAAAUCCUUCACGUCUUUGAGAAACCAAAGCAUGGAGUCACUUACUGCAAACAAUGGGAACAGUUUCUUUAAAUAUUGUAAAUAUCACAUUGUUUCUGUGCACCUGCUCUUGAUAUGUGAAGUGUAAGUGCACUUUGUAAGAUGCACUUUUUGUUUGAAUUGUAUUGCAGAGAAAAUAUGUUUUAAACAGACAUGUUUUUAUACACUAUAUAUGUAUGUUGUCUAAGUGAUGCAUUUGUUGUAAUGGCUGAAAUUUUUUGGAAAAUGUGAAGAAAAUGAAUGAUUUGGGGAAAUUGUGUGGAUAUGAAGAAAUAAAAUAUUUUUUC